GAAGGCGUGGGUCGGCGCGUAAUUGGAAAGGAGGAUUUAAGUCUGGGAGCGGUGCUCGCCUAGUUUCGGUAACUGGCUUGGGAGAUCUUACGUCUUGUCGUCGAGGCUUUUUCCUCCGUCCCCUCUGCAGGGCGGCCGGCCUUGCCUCACGAGGAGUUCCCUGCGCGACCACGGAGGACUGAAGUCGAGGGUGGUGGAAGCCAGAAAUAACUACUACUGUUGUGACAAGGCCCCAGAAACCAUGGCCUCGCUGACCCGUCUCCCUCUCUAACUCUGCGCUGUUUACAGAAGCCCCGGCUAGUCCUGGUGCAUCUUGGUGCUUGUCUAUUCGUUGUCAAGACUGCUGUCAGCUCGGAAAGAAAAACCACCGUCUCCCAACAAUUUCCUCUGAAGGAGAAAUUCAACAGGAAAAAAUAAUGGCUGUUUUUCCUAGGUUGUUUUUGAGACCUGAGGUCGAAAACUAUCUUAAAGAAAUCUUUACGAAUCAGGAGAUUGUAUCUUCAAGCAAACAAGAAGCAGAAAGGAAGUUCGAAACUCUGUUAAGUCACUUGGCUCAUCCUCCAUCAUUCACAACUGUCAGAGUAAAUACACACUUAGCCUCAGUUUAUCAUGUGAAAAAUCUGUUGCUUGAUGAACUGCAGAAGUUCGGUGAACUGAGUAUUCCUGUUAUUGAACACCCAGACCUUCCGGACAUCUUACUUAUUCCUGUGAUUGGACCUAGAAAGAAUAUUCAAAAACAACAGUGUGAAGCGAUUGUUGGAGCCCAUUGUGGCAGUGCAGUAUUAAGGGGAGCCCAUAUUUAUGUUCCAGGAAUUGUAUCAGCUUCAAAAUUUAUGAAAGUUGGCGAUGUUGUUUCCGUAUACUCUGAUAUUAAAGGGAAAUGUAAGAAAGGAGCCAAAGAAUUUGAUGGAGAAAAAGUAUUUCUUGGAAAUGGGAUUUCUGAACUAAGCCGCAAAGAAAUCUUCAGUGGGCUACUGGAACUGAAGGGUAUCGGCAUAAGAAUGACAGAACCCAUAUAUCUCAGCCCUUCAUUUGACAAUGUACUGCCCAGUUACUUAUUUUUACAGAAUUUGCCAUCUGCUGUAGUAACUCAUGUCCUGAAUCCUCAGCCUGGAGAGAAGAUCCUAGAUAUGUGUGCAGCACCUGGAGGCAAAACAACUCAUAUUGCAUCACUAAUGCAUGAUCAGGGAGAAGUAAUCGCCCUGGAUAAAAUAUCCAGUAAAGUAGAAAAGGUAAAGCAGAAUGCUUUAUUGUUAGGACUGAAUUCCAUCAAGGCAUUUUGUUUUGAUGGAACAAAGGCACUUAAACUUGAUAUGAUUGAGGAACCAUCAGGUGCACCUCCAUUUUUACCAGAAUCAUUUGACCGAAUUCUCCUUGAUGCACCCUGCAGUGGGAUGGGACAGAGGCCUAAUAUGGCUUGUACUUGGACUUUGAAAGAAGUGAUAUCAUAUCAACCACUGCAGCGGAAACUCUUUACUGUGGCAGUUCAGCUGCUGAAGCCAGGUGGUGUGCUGGUUUAUAGCACAUGCACUAUAACACUGGCAGAAAAUGAAGAGCAGGUUGCCUGGGCCCUUACAACAUACCCAUGCCUUCAGCUUCAACCCCAGGAACCACAGUUAGGAGGAGAAGGCAUGGUGGGAGCCGGCCUGUCACUAGAACAACUGAGACAUCUGCAGCGAUUUGAUCCAUCUGUUGUGCCAUUACAAGACAUUGACAUUGAUUCCCUCAGAGACGCCAGAACAGAGGACAUGAUCCAACUUGCAAAUAAGGAUUGCAUAGGGUUUUUCAUUGCAAAAUUUCUAAAAUGCAAAAGCACAUUAGAGAAGGAUCAUCAGAAGUGAAAAUACCAUACUUGUUGUCUUGUUCUUAAAUGAAAGUAUUAUCAGAACCACUGAAUGAUGUUAUGGUUGCUAACAAAACAGAAAACUUCUAGAAAUUUCACUGGGGAUCAGAGACAUCAAGAAAGAGUAUCUGUGUGUGUGUUGUAUGGCCAGUGGUGGGGGCUGCUUUUGUUAUGAAAUUGUAUCCUUGGUUUAGAAACCUUUUUUUUUCCAGUAUGGAAACUAGAUUUAAAGGCGCUGCCUAUGGGAAUCUGGAACAUUUUCAGUUGGUAUAUUUUGUUUUAGUUUAUGAAGUCUUUUAAUAUACCAAAUCUCCAAUAUAUUAUUCUUUUUAAACAGUUGUGAGUCUUAAAAAUAAAAUGAAUAUUCAUUGUGCUUAUAUAAAACAUGUUUUAUGUUUCCAAGUUCCUAAAAACUUUCUAAAAAUCCAGGACAUAGGAAUUAUAUCACUUACUACAUGGCAAUAACUGAGAUGUAAGUACUUUUGUUAACUGACUCUGCUUAUUAAUUUGUAUAGCCCUCUUUAUUUUUGUGUUGUGAAACCAGUACAAUCCCCCCAUCCCUGUCAUUUACAGAUUCUUGAUAGCUGUGUUUAGAGAGCUUGAUAUUUAUAACAAUUUACAGAAACCUUUAAAAUAAUACAAUGUUGCAGAAAUUAAUAGGACAUUAAGUGGUAAUGGGUCAUUGUUGCUUUCUGUUUCUGGUGCAGUAUAGCCUGGUUACAUAGAUCCAGUAUUGGAGCUUCUUAGCAAUACUUCUUGUGACCGUCUUGUAGAAUUAUACUUCUGUUCCAUGAAAACUUCAGUUCUGUUGGCUUAUCCCUUUUUCAAAAUAAAGUCCAGACCUUUUCUAAAAGUUUUUAACUUAAAAAAAUGAAUAUUAACUUUAUAGAUAAAAGCAUGUGAAUGAGAAUAUUACUUUUAUCCUUUGUUGGAGGAUGUGUUAUACAAGUUACUUGAAUAUGCCUGGCAAGAAUGAGAAAAGCAGCCAUGAAAUCUAGGAACUGGUCUGGCAGUCACUUCUGGGCCAUAGUGUGUUUUCCCCUGCACAUAAAAUCACAGAACUCCUUUAGACAUAUAUGUCAGUGAUAGAGUAAGACAAUAAUGACUGUCUCCUAUUCAAGUCUGAGCUCAG